CAAAAUUCGUAUUUGGUUGGAUUCUAUUUUUCAUUCUUUGUUAUCCAGGCAGUAGGCUUACUGUUUGCUUAUGUUCUUUAAGGGGAAUCUCCAUCUUUCAUUGAAUCGAUUAGAUCUGGCAGUAACAGAUUUCAGGGGAGCUCAAGAACUAAGGGCUGAUCUUCGCUCUUAUCAAGGUUUGGUGCGUGCUUAUCUAGCACUUUCCAAAUGCAAAGAUGCACUGUUCACUGCACGUGAAGCAAUGAAGGUUAUGCAUCAGUCUGCAAAAACUCUGAAGCUAGUUGGUGAUGUGCAUGCCAUCAGUUCCACUGGGAGAGAGAAGGCAAUAAAGUUCUACGAAUCUGCUAUUCGUCUCGAACCUGGAUUUCUCGGAGCAGCAUUGGCAUUGGCUGAUUUGCAUGUUGCUGAAGGACGGAAUAAGGAGGCUUUUUUGUUGCUUGAAAGAUAUCUAAGACAAUGGGCCGAUGAUUCUCUACAUGUCAAGUUGGCCCAAGUAUUUGCAGCAACAAGUCUGCUUUCUGAUGCACUCUCCCACUAUCAAUCUGUACUAAGGUCCGUACACUUUCUCUUGGAGUUGAAACUACGAAAUAGCAACCCUAAGUUGUAGGAAGGCUUCAUGCUGGAUCAUGUAUUUCCCCACCCUCUCA